UCGCGGUCCCGUCCGGUGCGGCGGUGGCGGUGGCGGUGGCGCUGAUGCCGCCAUGGCCCCCCCGGCCCCGCCGCCCCGCGCCGCCCUCACUCUGCUGCUGGCGCUGAGCGCGAUCGGCCCCGCCGCGCCCGCGCCCGAGUGGCCGCCCCGCAACGGCAGCGCAGGCAGAGCCUGGGGGGGCCCCCUGCAGAAUGCAGCCCCCAUCAACGGCACCGAGCCAUUGGGACCGCAGCUGGAGCCGCCUGGGGGGAGCCCAGCCACCGCCGACCCUACAGUGGGGUGCAUGGGGUGCAGUGGAGAGGGGGCCGCCAGCUCUGUGCCCCCUGUGCCUGAUGCAGCCCAGGACCCCCGGCUCGGCAUUACUGGGCCUGGUGAUGGCGAUGGUGGUGCGGUGGCCCUGGGCAGCCCCGAGGAGGUCGGCAGCGGCGAGCAGCCCACCAGGGCCGGCGUUGGGCCCACGGAGGGGCUGACACCGGGUCCCCCCAGCCUUGGGCUCUCCAGCCCCGGGCCCAACCUUGGUCUUCCCGACCCCAACCUCAGCCUCGACCUUCCUGAUCCUAAUCUCGGUCUUCCUGACCCCAACCUCGGUCUUCCCAACCCCAGCCUCGGUCUCCCCAGCCCCGGGCCCACCCUUGACCGUCCCAUUCCCAACCCCAACCCCAACCGUGAUCUUCCCAACCCCAACCCCAGCCUUGGUAUUCCCACGUCCAACCUUGGUCUUUCCAACCCCAACGUCGCCCUUACCAGCCCCAGCCCAAACCCAGGCACCGAACCCAACCUUCUUCCCGUGGCCGAAGACUCGGAGUUGUCCAUGGAGCUCCCCCAGCCCUCCUCCAGCCCGGCCCCGGCACAGAGGGCCCGCGGCCGCACGGACCGCACGUGGUUGGGCGCUCCGGAGCCCAUCAGUGCUGCCCCGGGCACAGCGGAGCCACCUGAGAUCAUUGACGUCGACUACUACGAUGUGUUCGACGGCGGCGAAGGGCCUGGGGGCGGCCGUGGGGCGGGCGGCGCGGCGCAGAGGGAGCCGGGCGGCGCGGCGACGCCGUGGGGCCUCCAUGAGCUCUACGAUGACUUCACGCCCUUCGACGAAGCCGAUUUCUACCCCACCACCUCCUUCUACGCCGAAGGGGAUGAGGAGGAGGAGGAGGAGCUGGAGGAGGACGAAGAGGAGGAGGAGGAGGAAGACGGCGGUCUGGAGGAUGAGAACGGCUACAGACCACCCGCCUCAGCUGCGCCCCGCGUCCCGCCGCCCCCCAGCCCCACGGAGGGGAGCCCCAUGGCGCGGCCGAGGCCCGGGGAGCGCGCGGUGCCAGAGAACAGCAGCGAGUGCCGGAACGGAUACGUGCGGCACAACAGCUCCUGCCGCUCCGUCUGCGACCUCGUCCCCAGCUACUGCCACAAUGGCGGCCAGUGCUACCUGGUGGAGAGCCACGGGGCCUUCUGCAGGUGCAACACACAGGACUACACAUGGCACAAGGGGACGCGCUGCGAGGCCAUCGUCACCGACUUCCAGGUGCUGUGCGUGGCCGUGGGCUCGGCCGCGCUGGUGCUGCUGCUGCUCUUCAUGCUCACGGUCUUCUUUGCCAAGAAGCUCUACCUGCUCAAGACGGAGAACAGCAAACUGCGCAAGACCAAAUACCGCACUCCGUCCGAGCUGCACAACGACAACUUCUCGCUGUCCACCAUCGCCGAGGGCUCCCACCCGAACAGAGAAGCACAGCAUAGAGCCCUCUAACCCCGGCCCUAUAGACAUUUUCCCCCCGGUUUGGAGCAAUUCUAGCACCAUAGUGCCUGCAAGUGACCCAGCGGGAGCCCUGGCGCAGCCCCGGGGUGGAUUCGGGACCAAUCCCCACAAGUGGGUUGGAUCAGGAGUGGAUUUGGGAGUGUUCCCCACAAGUGGGACCAUCGUUCCCCAUGCCUUUGUCCCCACUGGUAUGCCAUGGGCUCGUUCCCAUUGGUGCCUGGGAACUGUGAGCCCCACUGUGGAGGGGACAGCGAUGGGGACACCCCAAGAAGGGGAUUCGGGACUGAACUCCCUGUUUUAUGGAUACUGUAUGACAAGGUGUCCAAGUGCAGGGGGGUGACAUGGGGAUACGUCCCACUGGUGGCACAGCUAAUGGGACACAAUAAAACCAAGAUGUGGGACUCCUGUGUGGGGUGACUGCUUGGCACGAGGGGCUGCGACACAGACAGACCGCAUGGGUGGCAGGGGGACAGCGGGUGGCAGCCAGUCAAGGUGAUGGUGGCACAUGGUGAGCUGGGCUCAGGGUGUUCCAGUGCCGAGCGGACAGCUUGGGGACAGCAUGGGGACACCAUGGAUGCACUGUGGGGGCACCAUGGGAACACAGUGGACUCCAUUGCCUGCCCUCUGCCCGUGCCAUGAGCGCUCCGUGGGGACGCCAGUGCCAUCCGUGUGCUGGUGGAUGUGUUCCCCUGUAGGAGGUGUGAGGUUGCAGUGUUGGAUGUGAUGUUGGGUGCAUCCUCAACACCCUGAACAAAGGUGGAGAAAGAGUUGACUAGCGAUAGGGCUGGGAGCUGCAGGAGGGCAGAUGGAGAGGGAAGGAAGGGAGCUUUCAUAGUGGGGACAGUGAGGACAGUGUCCCAUCCCUGCUGGUGCUUGAGGUCAGGUUGGGCUUCAGUUGGGUUGGAUUGGGAUGGGUUGGGUUGGCUUUGGGUUGGGUUGGGCUUUGGUUUGAGUUGGGCUUUGUGUUGUGUUGGGUUGGCUUUGGAUUGGGUUGGGCUUUG